GAUAAUUAAACUCUUCCGUGACUUCUUGUGACUUCUUGUGACUUCUUGUGACUUCUUAUGUGUUGUCCUUGAGCCGCCUUCUUCCGACGUCCGUCCGCCAUCGCCAUGACAGAACCGCCCAUUCCGUUGCGCUCCGUCGAGGAAAGUUCCUCUGAUUCGGGGAGGAGGAGCAACGGGACUCCCGAUGAGGGACUCGUUGAAACUCAGGCGUCGAGACACGAGUUCUCUCUGGCUCCUGCUGAUGGCGGCAAGGAUGCCUGGCUCUUUUUGGCUGCGUGCUUUAUUCUCGAGGCCCUCGUAUGGGGGUUUCCGUUCGCAUUCGGUGUGUUUCAGGAUUACUACAGCACUCAUGAGCCCUUUGCUGGCUCUAACUCGAUCGCUAUCAUUGGUACUUGCGCCAUGGGGAUCAUGUAUCUCGACAUUCCAAUUACGGUGGCCCUACUACGGCUCUUCCCACGCCAGGGCAGAUGGUCGCCCAUAUUUGGCCUUCUCAUCAUGUGCACCAGCCUCGCCAUGAGCUCCUUCUCCACCACUGUCCCGCACCUCAUCAUCAGCCAGGGCGUCUUCUACGCCAUCGGGGGAUCCAUCUCCUACAGCCCCUGCAUCGUGUACAUGGACGAGUGGUUCGUCAAGAAGAAGGGGCUCGCCUACGGCAUCAUGUGGUCGGGCACCGGCCUGGCGGGAUUCAUGCUCCCCCUCCUCCUCCAGCAUCUGCUCUCGAAGUACGGUUUCCAGACCACUCUCCGCAUCUGGGCCGGCCUGGUGUUCGUCCUGACCGCCCCCCUGGCCUUCUUCAUCAAGCCGCGCCUGCCCUCCUCGGCGACGACCCACAUCAAGCCCUUCAACCUCCGCUUCGUCCUGACGCGCACCUUCGCCCUCCACCAGCUCGCCAACGUCGUCGAAGCCCUGGGCUUCUUCCUCCCGGGCAUCUACCUGCCCUCGUACGCGCGCGUCACCCUGGGCGCCUCGCCGUUCCCCUCCGCCCUGACCAUCCUCCUCGUCAACGUCGCCUCCGUUUUCGGCUGCGUCGCCAUGGGCGGCCUGACCGACCGCUUCCACGUCACCACCUGCCUCCUCGUCUCCUCCGCCGGCGCCACCCUGGGCACCUUCCUGCUGUGGGGCUUCGCCAGCAACCUCCCCGUCCUGUACCUGUUCUGCAUCGUCUACGGCCUCUUCGCCGGCGCCUUCACCUCGUCGUGGCCGGGCAUCAUGCGCGACAUCGUCGCCCAGAGCGAGAGCGGGCCCGACUCGGGCCGCGGCGGAGCCAUCGACCCGGGCAUGGUCUUCGCCGUCCUGGCCGCCGGGAGGGGCGUCGGGAACGUCGCCUCCGGGCCCCUGAGCGAGACCUUGGUCAGGGGGAUGCCGUGGAAGGGCAGCGCCGCCGGCGGAUACGGGAGCGGGUUCGGUACCCUGAUCGUCUUUACCGGAGUUACGGCCAUGAUUGGCGGAGGGAGCUUCUUUUGCAAAAGGGUUGGUUGGAUCUGAUCCUUGCUGUGUGAGGAGGGAGGGGGGGGUGGCUGGCGAGAGAUUGGAGUUCAAAAUCAGGCCAGUUAGAGAAAAUAUUUCAGCCCCGAGGCUUACACUUGUUGGGUUUUCUAUAGUGUGUCUAUAUAUAAUACAGGGCACCAC